GACUUACGUAACGUUUGCUGAACGACUGGUUUUCACAUCCCUUUCCGGACGUGUAUUUCCAUCCAAACGACAUUGAAUCCAUUGUGUGAUCACAAUCUGUGAGAAGAUGUCUGCGAUCUUUCUGCGAUCACAAGAGACUCAUUGCUAUGAAGUCUCGCAAAACGACACCGUCUUUGACUUGAAGCUUUACAUCGAAAGCGUGGAGAAGAUCCCGAAUGAGGAUCAGGUGCUGUACUGUUGCGGUCGACCCCUGGAUGAUGACCAGGAGACUUUCGGCCGACGCCGCGGUCCCAACACUAACCAGACAUAG